GUCUGUGGACAGCGUUGUGUAUUCUAUUGUAAUUUUGUUAAAACAAAAUAAUUCUUCUUUAAAAAGUGUAAGCUUCAUUUCUACCAUGAGCAUGAAUAGCAUGAAUGCGCUGCCCGCGCAACCUACGGGCAUUCAGAGUACUGCAGGAGCUGUACCCAUUCGAAAUGAAAAAGGUGAAAUAUCUAUGCAAAAGGUGAAGGUACAGAGGUACAUAUCUGGUAAGAAACCCGACUACGCACAGGGUGCCUCGUCCUCGGAAGAGUCUGACACUGAGGACUUCAUAGAACAGCAGAGACCAGAGCGGAGACAGCAGACAUUGCCACAAGUGAUCAGUCGAAAAGAUGAGCACAGUGAUUCUGAGGGAGAGGUGGACGACCCGCGUCUUCGCCGUCUACGGGUGGCUGCGCGCUCCCCGCCCCGCCGCGCCGAGCACAAGCCCGAGAUCAUUGAUGCCGAACCACAGGGAGAGUCAGCCUCAAGUGCCGAAGAGCAACAGGACAGCUCGGAGAGCGAGGAUGAACUGGAUGAGGAGGAGAUUGAGAGGCGGCGGCAGGCGCUCAAAGCUAAAUUAGCGGCUAGAGAGGCAGAGCGGGAAGUUCUAGGACGGGAAGAGGACGAAGAAAUGCUGGAUGGCAUUAAAGAGGAGAGUGGUUCAUCAGACACGGAAUACACAGACAGUGAAGAAGAUACUGGGCCAAGAGUGAAACCAGUGUUCGUCAGAGCGUCAGACAGAAUGACGGUGGCAGAAAGAGAGCGCAAGGCGAAGCAGCAGAAGAAAGAAGAGUCAGAAGCUCGCAAGGAGAAGGAGGAACGGAGAAGGGAAGCGUUGAAGUUAGUUGAAGACACAAUCCGAUCCGAGCAAAGGAGUACACAGGGCGAGCAAAAGGAGGGCAACAUAAAUGACGUGUGUACAGAUGAUGAAAACGACGAGGUAGAGUACGAGGCGUGGAAACUGCGCGAGUUGAAGCGGAUAAAACGUGACAAGGAAGAGAGAGAGGCCGCCGAGAAGGAGUUAUUGGCCAUCGAGCGUAUGCGCAACAUGACGGAGGAGGAACGGCGCGUGGAACAGAGGCUGAACCCCAAAGUGGUCACCAACAAGUCAGUCAAGGGCAAAUACAAGUUCUUGCAGAAAUAUUAUCACAGAGGUGCCUUCUAUUUGGAUAAAGAAGAAGAUGUAUUCAAACAAGACUUUUCGGGGGCAACAUUGGACGAUCACUUUGACAAGACUGUUUUACCUAAGGUGAUGCAAGUAAAGAAGUUCGGUCGCUCCGGACGCACCAAGUACACGCACUUGGUCGACCAGGACACGACGGAGUUCGACUCGGCGUGGAGCAGCGACUCGGCGGCCGCGAGGCUCGCCAACUUCCGCGGCGGGAUGAAGCAGGUGUUCGACCGACCCUCGGCCAAGAGGAAACAUACCGUGUAGCGGAAUUAGUUGCACAUAUUGCUUAGGAUAAAUUGUUGAGAUAACAGAACUGUAAAUUAAGUGCGUGCAAGCAUAGGAAGUGACGUAACACCGGUUUGAUAUGAUAUUAUGAUAUUGUCAAUAAAAUAAGCCAUGAAAUUAAAAUAACAGUUUAGAUUUUUUUUGUGACAGAUAUUUGCCAGUUUAAAUCCUAAAUCAGCCUGUGACGUAACAAAGUGUGACAAAGAGCUUUAUAAAACUACACAUGUACCUAUGUAUCAUGACAGUAAACCUCAUCGCAAAGUUCCUACGUCAUGGGUGUUUUCUAUGUAUAUAUGUUGUUGAGGCCUAGGCUCCUUUCUAGGUAGUGCAGGGAUGCCUAAGAGGAUCUUCAAUGAAGACUUGUUAUUUUAACUGGUUUACAAAUUUUUAUUUGCAAAAUUAAAUUAAAAAUAAUAAAGUACAAGUAAGAGUUUGUCGUUCAACGUAUUUUAGAAGAUUGCCGUUGGUUGCUGUCGGCGGACGUUAUAUACGAAUCCGAUCGUUGCCGAUCUUCGAAUUUCGGACGCAAUCGGCCGUCCAUGACGUCAUAUAAGAUGCGUUCUGAACAUAUGUAUUUAUCUAUAUAAGUAUGUUUAUAUCGUCGCCUAGUACCCAUAGUACAAGCUAUGCUUAGUUUGGGGCUAGGUCGAUCUGUAUGAGAUGUCCCCAAUAUUUAUUUAUUUAUAUUUAUUUUAAAUAUAUAAGAACCAUCAAACUUGCGCUGCAAGUGUCAAUUUACCAGGUCCUUAAUAGAGAGGAACAUUCUGCUCACUUACUGCGAUCUAACAAGCGUUAUUUUUCGAAAAUGUGUACCUAAGUACGUCAUAAAACAAAGUUUGUAUCCGUUUAACCCUUUGUGCAUUUUGACAUGGUUCACGUUGACGCGCCGCGCACGAUAAGGCGUAGCGUACAAGUUACUUGUUAAUACAGGACUCGCCUGUAUGUUAUAUAAUUUAUGUAUCGAACAAGUGUAUUAGAUGAAUUAUUAUGUGUGCACGGUCACGAAUACGCGCCUGGUGAAAAAUGUGUAAAUAUUAUUAUGUUUUAAAAUAACUUUGCACUUAUUAAAAACAUGAAUUCUUCAA